AUGUCCGGUGUUACUCCCGUUGCCGUCUACGCCCUGCGCGUCCCCGCCAAUGGUGCUCUGAUCCCCGCUGUCCCUGAGUUCUCUGCCAUGUUCCGUGUCAGCAUGGCUGCCAUUGAUCCCGAUGAGGCUCCCGAGUACGAGGACGGUUUCGACUCCAACAAGCGCCCCCGUGCUACCCUGAAGCUUGUGCGCGCUCCCCCUGGUCUCGACCUCCAGGGCGAGGAUGAUGAUGAUGAGGACUGGGAGGACGAUGAGGAUGAGGAUUCCGAGGACGACGAGGAGGUCAACGGUGGUCCCAGCGACAAGGAGAAGGCCCGCAAGCUCAAGCUGGCUGCCGCUCGCAAGGAGCUCGAGGAUGCCAUGGAUGAGGAUGACGAAGAGGAGGAUGAUGAUGAUGAGGAGGGCGAGUUCGACCUCAAGGCCGCUAUCUCCAAGCUGAUCAAGGGCAAGGCCCCCGCCAACGACGACGAGGAGUCUGAUGGCGAGUCCGAUGAGGGUCUUGAGCUCGACGAGACUGUCAUCUGUACCCUGGACCCCGAGAAGAACUGCCAGCAGCCUCUCGACAUCGUUGUCAACGAGGAGGAGCCCGUCUUCUUCAAGGUUACCGGUACCCACACCAUCUACCUGACCGGUAACUAUGUCAUGCCCGCCGACGACCACCACCAUGAUCACGACGACGAGGACUCCGAUGAGGAGGACUACGACCUUUCUCCCGAUGAGGAUGAGCUCGACAUGGAGGACCUGAUUGGUGAGGAUGAUGAGAGCGACGACCUCGACGACCUGGAGAACCCCCGUAUCACCGAGGUCGACAGCGAGGAGGAGGAGGCUCCCAAGCUCGUCGAGUCCAAGGAGACCAAGGGUAAGGGCAAGCGCGCUGCUGAGCCCGAGGAGGCCAAGCCCGAGCCCGCCCUCAGCAAGAAACAGCAGAAGAAGCUGAAGAAGAACAACGGCGAGGCCGCCCCCGUUGAGGAGAAGAAGGAAGCCAAGGAGGGCAAGGAGGCCAAGAAGGUCCAGUUCGCCAAGAACCUUGAGCAGGGCCCUACUGGCUCCACCCAGCAGAAGCCCGCUGAGAAGACCACCGGCACCCUCGGUGUCAAGGAGGUCAAGGGUGUCAAGAUUGACGACAAGAAGCUUGGUCAGGGUGUCGCCGCCAAGGCCGGUAACACCGUUGCCAUGCGCUACAUCGGCAAGCUCGAAGAUGGCAAGGUCUUCGAUGCCAACAAGAAGGGCAAGCCUUUCACCUUCAAGCUCGGCAAGGGCGAGGUCAUCAAGGGUUGGGACAUCGGUGUCGCCGGCAUGGCUGUCGGUGGUGAGCGCCGCAUCAGCAUCCCCCCUCACCUCGCCUACGGCAAGCGUGCUCUCCCCGGCAUUCCCGCCAACUCCAAGCUGAUCUUCGACACUACUAUGGAACUCUACGGGAGCGCCUCAACCGUCUCAGCCGAUGCGGAAUCUCAGGCAGUCCAACGAAAGAGCAACAGCAUCCGGGAUCGCAUUAAGCAACGGAGCUCCAGGAUCCUUUCUUUACUGGGCCUUCGAGGCCCUAGUGGUGGUAGGGCUGUGGAUUAUGCGCUGAAAACAAUGACCACGCGGGAGAUGCCUGUUCAGCAGAAACCCUCAAGCGAUAGCAACCCAUCACAGUCUUUUCAUUCACUCCCAGCCGACAACCGAGCUCCAUCUAGCAGUACCGCUAUGGAAGAAGAGCAAGGACAUGGGGGCCCCCUGCUAACUUGCAUCACCCACAGCUGUACUACUCCGAUGCCCGAGACAUCCAUGGCAUCUGAAACUCCGAGGCAGGCCGUCUCUCCAGAACAAUUCGUGGCUGCUGAUCAGCUACGGAAGUCAGAGACGCGUGAACUACAGAGCAGUUCAGUGGCCGCGGUGAAACGAAGCAAGUCAACGCCUGCUGUCUUGACUAGUUUGGUGUCGACGAAACUCUCCACGACAUUUGGUAAUCCCACUGUCAUCCGUCGCUCGCACCUUCGUUCGCCGCUUAACAUAACACCCGUGCAUUUCCCAGCUUCCUCGCCAGGCCCAAGCAGACCAAGUGAGAGCCCUAACGACAGCUCAAAUCCAUCGAUAUCUCCCAUAAGUAGUGUAUCUCCGCUGGGCACACGGUCGACACCUCCCACUUCCGAGGACCCUUCACGGGUUUCGAAACAAGCCCUGGGCGAUUCAGCCAAAGCUUCACCAUAUACUUCUCUCCCACCUCAAUCGGCAGAAGAAGCUUCCAGCUCGACCGAAGUGUCAGGAACAUCGCCGUCGAUUGUGACAGUCGAAGCUGCUGCAAAUGCCAAGGUUUUCUUCGAGACCUACUUUAACUCCGUAUUUUGCGGAACAGAUCCUCGCUCACAGCGUCGUCAGGAGUUGGAACAAUAUAUGUAUGGAUUGCCACUGAGCCCCGAAGAACGAGCUCGAAUCUGGGCGAACUGGAUCACCCAGGAGCACCAUUACCUCCGCCAAUGUCGCAUCCUCAAGAGUCGAUCCCAUGGUGGCGGUAACCAUGAUACCACUGUGUCCCUAGCUGGGUUUGAGGUCAUCAAAGUGCUUGGCCGGGGCAGCUUUGGGGUCGUACGCCUCGUGAAGGAAAGGAAAGCAGAGGAGACAAGCUCAGAUGGCGAUUCAGAAGACAAGCUCUUGCGCUGGAAGAAUGAAGCCAUAAACACUCAAUCACAUGCGCUGGAUUCCCUCCGGUCUCUAAGUGACGGAGCGAAGAGCAACCGACGUAAGAUUAUGACUGGCGUGAAGAAGGAUGUCUUCGCGAUGAAAGUCAUUCGCAAGUCGGCGAUGAUCCGCAACAGCCAGGAAGGUCACUUGCGAGCCGAAAGAGACUUCCUGGUGGCAUCGGCCAAGUCUCGCUGGGUUGUACCCUUGAUCGCUAGUUUCCAGGAUCGAAAUCACCUUUACCUCAUCAUGGACUAUAUGGUGGGCGGUGAUUUUCUUGGCCUGCUGAUGCGUCGAAACGUCUUGCCCGAGGCAAUUGCGCGAUGGUACAUUGCUGAGAUGAUCCUCUGCAUUGAAGAGGCUCAUCGACUGUGCUGGAUCCAUCGUGAUGUCAAGCCGGACAACUUUCUCAUCUCAGCCUCUGGCCACCUGAAGAUCUCGGACUUUGGUCUGGCCUUUGAUGGGCACUGGGCACACGAUCAGGUCUACUACAAUGAUCACCGCCACACUCUCCUCAAGCGGCUUGGGAUCCGGGUAGAUGGUGAUGCCCUCGAUCAGAGCGAGGCGAAACGCAUCGCGGAGUCUCCCAGUGCGCUGGAUCCAGAACCGGUCAAUGACUCCGAGUGGACACCCCCCACUGCUGGCCUCUUGGGAUGGCGCGACCGAACCCAGAAACGGCGGUUAGCUGGGAGCAUUGUAGGAACGAACCAGUAUAUGGCGCCUGAAGUGGUUCGCGGAGAGCUGUACGACGGGCGAUGCGACUGGUGGAGUAUUGGCAUUAUCCUGUACGAGUGCUUGUAUGGCUUCACUCCUUUUGCUUCGGAUGAUCGCCAGAAGACGAAGUUGAAAAUCCAUCAUCAUCUCCAGACCCUACAUUUUCCGAACCGGCCACCCGAUAAGCUCAUCUCCGCUGAAGCAAUCGACCUGAUAAACCAACUUCUCCAGGAGAAGGAACACCGCCUGUCCUCCAGCAAGUAUCGCGUGAAUGACUCGGUCACAUUUCGCCUGGCAGCCAAGCAUCCCCUCUACAACAUGGACCCUCGCAAUAAAACCUACCGCGGAUUCUAUGUCUAUCCCAACGACGCUACAGACAUUAAGAACCAUCCUUUUUUUAGUUGUAUCAACUGGAAUGAAAUCCACCAGUCAAUGCCCCCGUUCAUCCCCAAAGUCAAAGGCUGGGAGGACACCCGGUACUUCGAUGACGCGGGAUAUGAGCAUGGUCACGACGAGGUCUCUGCGGCCUCAGACGCAGAGCAUGCUGAACGCUCCAGCGAAGCAGGUGAGCGAGGCGAGUGCCACCAGGAUAGGGGAGACCCACCCCAGUAUCAGGAGAUCGAUAGCCUGCUGAGUCCCGCAAGCAAACUGCCGCCGAAGAACCGCCGCAAGGGGAGAGAUAAGAAGCGACCCCGGGACAAGUUGCUGCGAGACCGCAAACUACGCAUGACGGUCCUGGAGAUGCGCAAGAGGGCGACCUAUCCUUGUCUCUCAUUGUUAACACAGUCUUACUUUUCUAUCCAUACGGAACACACUUGUCUGGCUAUGACAUACUAUCGAUUAUCUCGCAAGACAGAUGCACGUGGUAUCAUUCACUGCAAAGCCGAGUGCCAAUGAUUAUUCUUAGAAAAGAAACAGCAAGGUAUCUUCCAUUUUUCAUAACUCAGACAUCAUAGAACACAUCCAACCAUCCGGCCCCCUCGCCUUAAAACUCCAGUUGUAAGUUUCAGUCUGUCAGAAGUGACCCUCAAUAAUCCACCCAAUGCAAUACUGCAAAGAGGAGAUGCAAAAUAAAGAAGUAUGAACUUGAAAAAUGAAGCAGUAAUUCUAACACCCACAUAUAUCGAAGCAUUGGGUUUACCUUGAAAUGGCGAAAAUCAGGUAUACCAGCGAAAAGAGAUGCAGGCGUGAGUCGAUAUGUAGGCGUGCUGACAUCGAGAAAAAGGUAGGGUAUCACGAGAGAGGGGGGAAGAGUAGUAAGAUACGAAUUAAAGGGGUACAGCGAGAGGUGUUGCCCCUGCGUACGUGUACUUAUUGCAGAUGGUGGCAGCCAAAGGGGGAAGAGGAAGAAGGAGGAUAGGAUAGAUAGAUCGUAAAGGCGGCGGAAUGGUCUUUCGCGGGAGUAAUGUGUUUUGAGUGGAUCACAGCGCAGGCGGAGCGCCCAUCGCGAAGGCGGAAUCGGUGACGCGGUCUUCGGGUUUCAUGGUACCGUUGAGAAGAGGACAGAGUCUGUGAGCGAGAAGAAAACGGUGGAAGUUGGUUAGCGCGCUGCUUCUUUCUUUC